AUGGACACCGCCGGGCCAGACACUACCAAGAACGAGUCGAAUCAAUGUCCACAUGAUAUCGUCGACACCGUCUACGAAGGCGAAGGCUCUUCGUUCGUCAUCACGGCUGCACCGCCCCGUCAUGACGCCCUGCCCAAGGGCGGCUGCUUCCAGUACACCACGGGCGCUACAGGCCGGUGGGUGAGCCUUGUCUAA